AUCACCGAACUCCUCAGGAACAGCUGAAGAGUCCUUGAACUUGCACCAAAGAACCAAACUUACCUUAAGAAUUGUUUGAUUUUUGCCAAUAGUCUUGAGAACCAAGCCAAAUAUUUUCAUGAACAUGCGGGACAUGAGGAGACACACAGCAGAAUGGCCUUGAUCAUCAUCGUAUCCCUGAUCGCCUUCCAGUUUGUGCUGCUCUACUGGAAGAAACACCAUUACCGCUCAUACCAAGCAACCACGACAAUUGGUCUUUGGCUGAUCCCGUUCUUGUUCGCUCUUCAAAGUGGCAUGCGCCAAUUCGCCUCACUUUGGGCCUUAUUCACCAUCCUCAACUCAUGGAUUAUAUUCAAGGCCACCCGGAAACCUCUUCACCACAUGACACCCAAGAUCGUUUACAAGUGGUUUUGGGUUAUCUAUCAGAUUUCCUAUGUCAGUGGAAUCAUCGGCUACUUUAUGAUGUUCUUGACGUUCAUGGGAUUCGGCGUUCCUGAAGUCAAGGAAGGCGAGGAGCCCACGAGCUCGGGCCUGAUCUCCUGGGGAUUGACAUUCUUGUCGUACGGAAUCUAUUUUGGCAUUCUGGGUCGUGAUUUUGUCGAAUUCUGCACUGAAUCAAUGGCCUCGACACUGGGCUACUACACCAAGGAGGGAUUUCCUCGUAAGCACCUGCGUCUGGGUGUCUGCGCGAUCUGUGGAAUCCAUGUCUCGAAUGCCAUUAGCACCAUCGACGCCCAUGGACACCUACAGCCCCCAGUGAUUCUUCAGCCCUCAGCGAAUGGCGUACCGGUCGAACCCAGUAUCAAACUGAACUGUGGACACGAGUUCCAUGAAGAAUGCAUUCGUGGAUGGUGCUUGAUCGGCAAGAAGGAUAUGUGCCCGUACUGCAAGGAGAAGGUCGAUCUGAGGGCGUUCAAGACCAAUCCCUGGGACACGACUCAGCAGUUGUAUUUGAACCUGCUGGAUGCGUUGAGAUAUAUGAUUGUAUGGCAGCCAGUGAUUAUGGGACUCGUGCAGUUUGGAUUCUAUAUGACGGGACUCAAAUAAAAGAAGUCGACCGAUGGACUGUCGGCAUCGUUAUUGUCCUUGUCGUGGCUCCACUCACCCACUCAUUCACUGGCCUUAGAGUUAUCCUAGUCAAAUGUAAUGUAAUAAACGUAAUGCCUAUCUUUUGUUGCUUCUGACAGGUGAAAGCUUCCAGUGUAGCAUGACGACGAAAUGAAGGGAGGGAAGAGAAAGGA